AUUUUUUAUUUUGCUGAUAUUAUCGACGAGUACGUUCGUUCGUUCAUUCGUCCGUUCGUUCAUUUUUCUUUUAUUCUUUUCUAUUUACUCUCGAAGGAAAUAUCAUAGGAUUCGUGACGGUCGACAACUAGUUAACCGUUCUCGAUCGAGCACGUGUCCGUCGUCUCUCCCUCGUCCAUCCGUCCGUCCGUCCGGAUAUUCGAAAUUCCCGCGUCGCUGGCGCCACGCGUCUCGCGCGGCCCUGACGGCGUUUAGCGGCUCGCGAGAGAAAAAAGAGAGAAAAAAGACACAGGGAAAGAGAACGAGAAAGAGUAAGAGUAAGAGUAAGAGAAAGAAGAAGAAGAAGAAGAAGAAGAAAAAGAAGAGAGAAAGAGAGGGAAGUGGGUGGCGAGAAACGAAACGUGGAAGGAGCGAGGGCGUGAAGAGGGAGGAAAAGAUAGCUGCUAGGUCUCCGGAUCGCGCGCGCUCGGGCGUUGUAUCGUUGAAGGGGCACCUCCCUCCCCCCUCUACACUUGGUGUCUCUUUCUCUCUCCCUCCCUCCCUUCUUCCCUCCCUCCCUCCCUCUCUCUUUCUUUCUUUCUCUCACUCUCUUCGUGGCGCGCAACCACGAGACCUAACCUCUCCGCACCCUUUUCUCUCGUUCGCCGCGCGCGCUCUCGGCGAGCGCGUGCGAGAGGGAAAGGAGCGUGAGUGAGAACGAGUGAGAACGACAGAAAGAGGGAGAGAGAGUCAGAAAGAGAGACAGAGAGAGAGAGAGAGAGAGAGGGAGAGAGAGAGUGAGAGAAUCGCCGGCGCCGCUCCUGUCGUCUCUCGCGACGCCGCGCACUCUCCACUUUUUCGGCGAGAGAGAGAGAGCGAACACGCCGAGCGACGACGACGAGAGCUGACACGCGCCGCGCGAUCUUACGUGAAUAGAUAUAACGAUGGUAGAUACGCAACACUUUUGUCUGCGAUGGAAUAAUUACCAAAGCAGCAUAACGUCAGCUUUUGAAAACUUGAGAGAUGACGAGGACUUUGUGGACGUUACAUUGGCUUGUGAUGGCAAGAGCCUCAAAGCACACCGGGUUGUACUUUCUGCUUGCAGUCCAUACUUUAGGGAACUUCUCAAGAGCACACCAUGCAAGCAUCCGGUGAUAGUACUUCAAGAUGUAGCGUUCAGUGACUUACAUGCCUUGGUGGAGUUCAUCUACCAUGGGGAAGUGAACGUACAUCAGCGUUCUCUUAGCAGUUUCCUCAAAACUGCAGAAGUACUUAGGGUAUCGGGUCUUACACAACAAGCUGACCAGACGGAUAGGGACGAGCUCUCACAUGUUCGCGCACUGGCUGCUGGUGUUAAUCAUCUUCCUUUUCACGAAAAAUCAGAAGAAAGUUUUCCUCGUAGUGGUUCCCCGCCGGCACCGACAACACCAACACCUACGACGGUGCAACAGUUAUUGCGUAGAGCACAGAUACGUAGGAACGAGAGGCGUACGCCGGAUCUUCACGAGGAUUCGGCGAAAAGAUCGAGGGUAUCCUCGCCGCCUCUCAAUAAUAAUGACGCUACACCGACCGAUUUCUCGAUGGUGAAAAACAAUCAUCUUUCGAGUAAAGUGGAAGGUAACGGUGUCCACGAAGAGAACAGUCCCAUAGAAGAUACAAUAAAGUGCGAGCCUUUGGAAUUGACCGGUGGUAACGGUGGGAAUGCCGGUAACAACGAGGACUCUUCGGAUUCGGGAGCAGCGGCAUCGGAUAGGCCACCGGCGUCGGCGAGUAGUAACGAACACGAGCCUGAACCCGAACACACACCGACGCAAAAUUUUAUGCCGGAAAGCAAAUUGUUCACAUCGACGCCAGGAAGUUUUAACUUCAGUAUGGCAGCCCUCACGGAUCACACGCCAUUGUCAGUGAAAUUUCCAGGGUUGGGCCACGGGUUGCAAACGCCGGAUUUAGCAGGAACUUCGCAAGACCGGGAGGUCGCCGAGGAGGACGGGGGUUGGCAGUCCGCCACCAACGGCGAGAACCAACAACAAUCCGGGCAAUCGAGCGAAAUUACAGGCUCUGAUCAUUGCGAGGUGGUCCAGGAGAACCACCAGCAGCUGCCGAUAAUCGAUCUCUUAGAUGGCAUUAACGAUCACGUGCAGAUCGUCCUAAAAUCGGAGCCCCUGUCUCCGAAGAUCAGCGAGCUCGAGUCUUGUCUUCUUUCGCCGGAACACGACGAGUAUAAGACGAACGAUCAUUACGAUCAAUAUCAUCCUCAUUAUCGUCAGUCGCAACAGCAACAACAACAACAACAACAACAACCGCAACUGCAACAACUACAACAACAACAACAGCAGCAGCAGCAUCAUCAUCAUCAUCAACAACAACAGCAACAACAACAACAACAACAACAACAAAACAACCAACAUCACCGUUAUCCAAGCCAGGAGAGACUCGUAGCCAAUCUAUCGAUUGGCGAUCCCCGUUGGUUCUCUCAGGGAAACGAGCCGGCUCAGCCGGUAGCGAAAGUCCGUGAGGUAUCCCGAAGGAACGCGGAACAUGAGUUUAAGUUCUCAGGCCGAUCGAUCGGCGGCACUUACUGCAGCUUCUGUCAGAAAACCUUCUCUCGCGCAUGGUCUCUUCAGAGACACCUCGCGGACACGCACUUCUAUGUACCGCAAUCGUUGUCCUGCGAUCAGUGCGGGAGAAUUUACAAGAGCAGGAACAGCUUGGUCAGUCACAAGAGCCAAUAUCACGCGAGGAAGGAACGCAAAGAUCACGAUAUCCAUUGCGAACUUACAUAUUGAUCCCACGAUAGAUCACUAUUAUCGCUAAUCGCAUAGAGAAAUUAUAUUUUCUCGCGAUUGACGCGCGAUCUUUAGUGUCGAAAAUCUCUCUAGGUUCGCUAUUUUGUAAAUAUUAGACCAUUUUUUACUUGCUCGUCGCGAUAACGUUGGCUAUCUCGGUUCGGAGGUAACGCGCGGAUCGCGAAAGUUCUUCUUCGUCCGUCCGUACGUCCGUCCGUUUUCCUCGUUCUCUCGUUCGCUAAGAAUUUUAUAAUAAUAAAAGUUUAUUCCUCGUUAAAAUAUAUCCGUUCACAGCAGCUAGUCCGUUCGUUUUAUUUAUUAUUAUUAUUAUUAUUUUCUUUUUUUUUUUUUUUUUUUUUAAUAUUAGUUACCACAAAAACCAAAGAAACUUUUCAUUUUUC